AUGCAACUACUUGGUCCUGGAGAGUUUAAAUACGCGAAAACCCCGUGGGUAAUAACAACUGUGGAAAAGGACUUGAGCAACAGACCGGAUUUUGCUGCUUCGUCGCACGACUCUAGUAUGGGACUCAGUGGCUCUAAUAGGGUGACGGUGUCGUGGUAUACUAUAUCUAUUGAUCCUACACUGCCGGACGCUUUUGAGCUUGUAACAUCGGCUGGUUCUGAUGAGGGUACUAUUAAGCUGAAACUUGGCGUUACGCCUGUGGUAAUGCCUGAAACGGAGUAUGAGAUUACUUGUGCACUUGCUACUGGAGGGAAAUUGCUCGAGUCUUUUACGACUGUGGUGAUUGAGGUGAAGGAAAAAUCAACUAUGUGA